CAAGGGCGGACGUAGGUCGAUGUGUGCUGUUUUAGCUCAUCAUAUUUUUCUUUUUUGUAUCCCAAUCUUGUGACCCUUAGAUUUUAUCCUGGGACUUCUUUUUUGGGAUUUAGACCACUUUAGUGAAUGUCACCUGGUUCUCUGGCUGGUUAGGCUGCAGGUCUCAGGGUUGUAUAUGAAAAAAAUAGGACCAAAGUCCACGACUCCUCGCGCAGCCUCAUUGCUUCAAUCAAGGCUAUUAUCGUUAGGCCCAAAGGCGAGAGUGUGAUUCCUGCUGCGGAGCUCUGUGACACGGACACGCACCAUGCUGCUGGAGCCGAGCAAAGGAGUCUCGUGAGGGGGCUUUUAUCUCGUUACAGGCGGGAAGGGGGGUGAGAAAUGCGGGCGGCGCGUUUAAAGGAACCCCGCUGUUGUGUUUGUCUCUACUGUCAACAACAGUCCUACUGCAGCUGCGCUCACGGCUCCCAUCAGUCCAUUUAACGGCGCUGCACCGAGGAAAUCCCUGGGACUAUGUGAGCAUCAUGCUCGCUGUGAGGUGCCUGCUGUUCGCUGCAGCGUGUGCACGGUGCGCCGUGACAGGUCUUAGGGAACGGGGAAGUCUGGAGGGAAGGGUGCCACCUGCAGAAGAGGUCGUUCAGCCCAAGCGGCUCCUGCAACAGAUCCACUCCCAGGAGGAGCUGCUCCACAGCCGCCUCGACACCCUGGUCAUAAACUCCACAGCCGGAGCGCAGCCCGUCCAUCUGGCCCAGUGCAGCUUCUUGGUGGAGGCCUUCGGCACAUCAUUCAUCCUUGACCUGGAACUCAACCACAACCUGCUUUCUACAGACUAUGUGGAGCGUCACUAUGGCGAGGAUGGGCAGCUGUCACAGAAUAUGGGAGGAGAGCACUGCUUCUACCAUGGCCGUGUCCGGGGGCUUCCAGGCUCCUGGGCCGCUCUGUCCACCUGCCACGGCCUGCGAGGAAUGUUUUCUGAUGGAAACUUCUCGUACGGGAUUGAACCUGUUGGCAGUGAGGACCAGAAUGACCACAUUGUGUAUCGUAUGCCGGACAUUGACCUCUUCCCACCUCCCUGUCCAGGAUGCUCCGUGAACAGCACAGAGCCCAAGGGGCAGACAUACGUCCACAGUGAAGGAGACGAUGAGCUGAAGGAUGGAGACGACUGGUCUGAAGAGGAGAAGCCUGUCUUUACAGAGGGCCUGCGACGCUCAAAAAGACAAGUGCGGCGAGGCCAGCGCACCGUCCAGACUGAGACCAAGUACAUCGAGCUGAUGGUUGUCAACGACCAUGAACUGUUUGUGCAGCUCCGUCGGUCGUCCACUCAGACGAAGAACUUUGCCAAAGCGGUGGUGAACAUGGCCGACGCGAUCUACAAGGAGCAGCUCAACACCCGCAUUGUCCUGGUGGCCAUGGAAACCUGGUCUUCUGAAAACAGGGUCUCUGUGGGCGACGACGCCUUGCUCACCCUGCGAGACUUCAUGAAGUACAGGAAGGAGAGCAUCAAGGAGCGCUGUGAUGCCGUUCAUCUUUUCCUCGUGGCAUAUCCCUGUCUUCACUACAGUGGCAGGACGUUCAUGAGCACCCGUAGUGAAGCGGCCUACAUCGGAGGCAUCUGCUCAAUCACCCGAGGUGGAGGCAUCAAUGAGUUUGGCAGUGUGGGCCCCAUGGCCAUCACAUUGAGUCAGAGUCUGGGCCAGAACAUCGGCAUGCUGAGAAACAAAGAGCGACUGGCUGCAGGAGACUGCAGGUGUCCAGACCCAUGGCUGGGCUGUAUCAUGGAGGACACAGGUUACUACCUGCCCAGGAAGUUCUCUCGCUGCAGUAUAGACGAAUACCUGCGCUUCCUCCAGCAGGGAGGAGGCAGCUGUCUCUUCAACAAGCCCACCAAGUUGUUAGACACACCAGAGUGUGGGAAUGGAUAUGUGGAGCUGGGAGAGGAAUGUGACUGUGGGUCACUAGUGGAGUGUGCACGAAGUGGAGCCAACUGCUGUAAGAAGUGCACGCUUACCCACAAUGCCAUGUGCAGCAACGGGCUCUGCUGCAGGGACUGCAAGUACGAGCUGAGAGGGGUGACGUGCCGUGACGCUGUUAAUGACUGUGACAUCUCUGAGACCUGCAUGGGAGACACCAGUCAGUGUCCACAUAACGUCCACAAACUGGAUGGUUACAUGUGUGAUGCUGGACAGGGUCGUUGUUAUGGAGGUCGCUGUAAGACCAGAGAUGGCCAGUGCCGGACGCUGUGGGGCUACAACUCGGCUGACAGGUUCUGCUAUGAAAAGCUGAACUCUGAGGGCACAGAGAAAGGAAACUGUGGCCCGGAGUCCAGUGGUCAGGGAUGGGUGCAGUGCAACAAGCAAGACGUCCUGUGCGGUUUGCUGCUGUGCACCAAUCUGACAGAUAGGCCGAGGUUUGGUGAACUGCAGGGGAGGCUCACCAGUCAGACAAUCCACCAUCAGAACAGAUACAUGGACUGCAGGGGCGGCCAUGCGGUGCUGGAUGAUGGCUUGGACAUGGGUUACGUGGAGGACGGGACGCCGUGUGGGCCAAACAUGAUGUGUUUGGAGCGUCGCUGCUUCCCCGUCACCACCUUCAACCUCAGCACCUGCCCGGGCUCCUCAACCUCACGCAUCUGCUCCCACCAUGGGACUUGCAGCAACGAGGUGAGGUGUAUCUGUGAUGCAGACUACACUGGAAAGGACUGUAGCGUGUUUGACCCGAUCCCCAUCCCCACCCCGCCAGAGGGCCCGGAGAAAUACAAAGGUCCCAGUGGUACCAAUAUCAUAAUAGGUUCGGUUGCUGGUGCAAUUCUGGUGGCAGCGAUAGUCCUGGGGGGGACUGGCUGGGGAUUUAAAAACAUCCGAAGAGGAAGGUAUGAUCCCGCCUUUCCGUCCUGAUCCUGAAAACAUUAUCAGAGUCUUGAAUUGGCGUUCAUUAUGUCGACAUAAUGCCAUCUGUUUUAUAAGAAUCCUCUGCUUCUUUAUCUGCUGAGCACCUUAAAGAGAUUUAUAAACCCCCCACACGUGUAUCUGUCACCUGCUUUUAUGGCAUUAGUUUUCAGCAUAGGGACAAGUAUAUAGCAUGAACCAAUGGCACAUACCACAGCAUUUAUUUAACCGAUGCUAGUUUGCAAUACUCUUCAAUACAUGGGCCUUUAAAAUGCACAAAGCACUAUGCAUCUCAAUCAUAGUUGUUUUAUUAGAAAACAUUAGUAUCUAUAAUCCUGGUUUGCUUCAUUAAUAUUUGUACUGCAUGUCCCCUCACUAACCUGGCUGCCAUUUCUAGGAUGUAGCUGCAGUGUCGACUUUGUAAUGUGGAUUUCAUAAGACUUUCAAUAAUAAAAGUGAACGGCUCUUUUAAGUUUU